GCCACAUCCAUGACCUUGACUGACCUGGGUUCAGUGUCUGGAAAAUGGAUGUAUUUGAAGGGAUCCACAGGGUGCAGCUCUCCCCCUCUCCAUCUGCGAUUGCCCCGUCUGGCCCUGGGUAUGAAGUGGUGGUGGCUGACCGUUCAGGGAUUGCUGUCUACUCUUCCCCUGUGUUUUUUGGCAAAGUGGACGAGCGAGCAUCAAAGUACAAAUCCACCACAAAGACAGCAGAAGAAAGAUGUCCUGUUGGAAGGCUAGUCGACCUGGAUACGGAUCCGGGACCCAGCGCAGGAGGGGGACAGAUUGCGGCGAUGCCUCAGGGGGAGGAGGACUCCCGUGGAGGGGAACACUACAACGUGUCCCGUCUGCGGAGCUCAUCAAUAGAGAUAAGGGAGAAAGGGGCCGAGUUUCUUCGGGAGCAGUUGGAUGCCGCUCAGAAGGAGUUGAAACUCAAGGGAGAGGAAUGUGAACGCCUCUCUCAUGUUCGCAACCAGCUUGAGCAGGAGCUGGAAGAACUGACUGCCAGCCUUUUUGAGGAGGCCCAUAAAAUGGUGCGUGAAGCUAAUGUGAAACAGGCUACCGCUGAAAAACAACUGAAAGAGGCUCAGGGAAAGAUUGAUGUCCUGCAGGCUGAGGUAACUGCCCUGAAGACCCUGGUGCUGACCUCCACCCCCUCCUCCCCCAACCGGCAGCUGCACCCCCAGCUCCUGUCCCCGGGCACCAGAGGGGCGCUGAGGGGGCACACCCGAAACAAGAGUGCCAGCAGCAUCCUCUCCGGCUUCCACAGCCAGGCUGAGGCCAGCCCCGCGGACCUACAGGCAGCCAGCAAGGAAGACAAGGAGGUGGAUUCAGUUCUGUAUGCAGAGUUCCUGUCCUGGAGAGAGGCCCCCAGUCUGGCCAGCUCCUCUGCGUUCAUGAGCCGGGUUUAUAGAGAGGACAUCGGGCCUUGCCUGUCCUUCAAUCGCUCGGAGUUAUCUCAGUCAGUGCAGAGUGCGGUGGAGAGCAACUCUCUGACCAUUGAGCCUGUGGCCAUGAGUGCACUGCCUCUGGUGAAGGCCUCGGCCAUUGAGUGUGGGGGACCCAAUGGCUGGAGAGGUGCUGUAGAGACGAAGUGCGCCUUGAGUGGCAUGUCCCGGCCCUGUCGCCAUCGCAUCAAACUGGGAGACAAAGAGAGCUACUACUACAUCUCCCCCUCCAGCCGAGCUCGGAUCACUGCAGUGUGUAACUUUUUUACCUACAUAAGAUACAUCCAACAAGGCUUAGUGAGGCAGGAUGUGGAACAGAUGUUUUGGGAAGUUAUGCGCUUGCGGAGUGAGAUGACCAUGGCAAAACUGGGUUUCUUUCUCACGGAUGAGAGCUAGGAAACGGCGGAAGUCAGCCUCAGAGCACAAUCAGCGUAUAUACACACACACACACACACACACACACACACACACACACACACACACACACACACACACACACACACACACACACACACACACACAGAAGGAGCAAUGGGCUGCGAGCAAUAUAGUUUAUCUCCAGAGUCCUCUGUCAGUGCCAUGACGUUACGAUGCACAGACAGUGUGGAUUGGAAGUUAUGUGUUAGAUGACAGAAUCACAAGUUGCCAAACUGAAGAUUAUGGAGCGGACCAGUGUUACUGCAGCUAAGUUUGAUAGGUCAAAGCCAUAGCACCAUCUCAGACCAGAGUGCAUCAUCUUUAGGCGUUACUGACAUAGAGUCCACACUCCUUAUUCUAAAGCACUCAAAUCAGGACAUUGCUGCUCUUUUCGUACACUCCUCUAAUGUUGCCUUUACAUUCCUGUAUGUCUCAUGUGUUCUGGCCUUGAGAGCUCACCAGGCUGCCAAAGGCUUGGUAUGAGCAGGGAGCAUUGUCUUGCUAGUUAGUUAGUAAUACUAUGAAGUUCCCUCCCUGAGGUUCAGGCUGUACAUAGAUGAGAUGAGAUGCACAUGAGAAGUUAAUUGAAACAGAAACAGAACCACGGAAUUAGAAACAAGUCCAGUUCCAUGUAGAGAACUAAUUGGUCAACGAAUAAUGCCCUACCAUGUGUUUAUUCAAGAUAAGUCAAGUUUUGUUAAGGUUCAUAUAAGAUGCACAAUUUAGAACAAAUGUCUUCAAAAUGGUGCCCAGAAAAAUAGACAUUUAGAUGUCUCUCAGUUCAAACUCCUUGUGUAAAUGUGUUUAGAUUUUUUGUAAGUCUGUUAAGCUAAAUGUCUUUGUUUAUAGGAUGAAUGAAUAACUAGCUUUAGCCUUUGCAUUGCUUAGUCUUCUAUAGCCAUAGCCUCAGCACACCAAUGCAUACCUUCCGUCUCUAGCAGUGGUUAGAGAAUUAGCUUUAUUACAAACUGUGCUGUAGGUACUAUAUCAUAGCUUCAGCACAGCCUGUAGACACUCCAGAAUGUUAAUGUGUAAAUACACAAGCCAUGAUCAGUCCUAGUGACUGUUGUUUUUGCAUGGAUAUACAGCCAUAUUUGUGUGUACGGGUCGACGCGCUAAUGAUGUGUUUGGUCAGAUGUUUCAGCCCCACACUCCGAAGUCUAAACCCUGUGUACAUAAAGAGUACACUUGCAUGAUUGAACGUGUGUAUGUUUGCAUUAGAAGUCCUUUUGAUGCACCCUAUAUGUUGCAAGACUCCUGCAUUGUAAAUUGUAAAAAUGUGUUGCUGUUCUGGGCCUGUGUGGUACAUAGGUUCUAAGCUGCCUUAUAUGAUAUGAGAAUGAACUAAACUAAGUGCACUAUUAACAUGCCAGCAUGGACGUUUAAGUCAAUAAAAACAACACAAUACCAGCAGA